AUGGCCUCCGAACCUGUCAAUGUGAAUGAGUUCCGAGAAUUGGCUAGGCAAGUUCUUCCAAAAAUGUACUAUGAUUUCUAUACUGGGGGAGCUGAGGACCAGCACACGCUAAAGCAAAAUGUUGAUGCAUUUCGCAGAAUCAUGUUGCGGCCUAGAGUUCUUGUAGAUGUUAGCAGAGUAGAUAUGUCAACUACUGUAUUGGGUUACAAAAUCUCAGCACCUAUAAUGAUUGCUCCUACAGCUAGGCAUCAGUUAGCCCACCCCGAAGGAGAGGUCGCCACUGCUAGAGCAGCAGCAGCAUGCAACACCAUAAUGGUUUUAUCCAACAUAUCUACAUGCACUGUGGAGGACGUUGCUUCCAGCUGCAAUGCUUUUUUUCAGUUUCUAUCCUGCCUACUGGGGCUCAAGCUAUCAAAUGGUACCUUUCCUGAACAGGUUUACAAGAGACGAGAUAUAUCAGCUCAGAUAGUUCAGAGAGCUGAAAAAAGUGGAUACAAGGCUAUUAUCUUAACUGUUGAUGCUCCCAGACUUGGUCGAAGAGAGGCAGACAUAAAGAAUAGAAUGGUUGCACCUCAGUUGAAGAACUUUGAAGGCAUUUUAUCAACUGACGUAAACUCUGAUGAAGGAUUGAAAGUGGAAGCUUUUGUCAAAGAGACGUUUGAUGCUUCUUUGUGCGAUCAAAUAAGUUUUGCUUGUCAGUUGUAUGAUCCAAGUGGAGAGAUUGAGGCUAUAAGACAUCCAUUAAAGUGA